GGGAGGGGGGGGGAUGGUUCGUGGGGACAUGACCAGAAAAAUAAAAUCAUCUGAGGUCUCUCUUUUCCCUCAGCCAAGCAUAGAGCAGCAUCUGAAGGAGCUCCAGGCCAAAAUGGGAGACUUCAGAACAGGGGAUCAUCCACCCAGUCCCACAGAGGUCUUGCAGUGGUUCAACACGAGGGCACAAAACUCCCUGAAGCCUCUUUCCACAGACACUUUAGACUUCUUCAGAGCUCUGCAACAGUACCUUAAAUCAGAGGAAGAGGGGAAAGAAGAAGUGACACUUCAGCUCCUGCUGAAUGUCUCUGCCCAGUGUGGAGUCUAUUUUCCUUGUCCAUCCUCUUCUCCCGCUCUUCAUCCUCAUCUGCCUGGCUCCUCUGUCCACUCCGUACACAUGGUUAAAGAUGACUCUGCAGUAGAGAUCCAAGAGGCGUGGGAUCCUGUGCGUCUCCGGCUGCGACGCUUCCUGAUGGACCGGCUCUCAUGCCGCACCUCAGGACCUCCUGGCUCCCCUCAGCUCUCCACCAUCACCAUCCUCGAGCGGGUCAACUGUUUUAAGCAGCUGUUUUUUCUCUACCCUGAAUGUGAAGUGGUCACAGGCUACCAGGGCCUGAAACAGAAGUACGUGCUUAGCAUCCUGCAUUCAAGCAUGAGCUCCAGCCCAGGUGGUGAGUCCGGCUUCGACAGACUAACGACGGGUUUCUGCAACGUGGUCCAACAUGUGACUCAAGCUCUCACCGAGGAGCUCCAGGUUCUUUCAAGGGUGGUGGAGCCCGAGGUCGUCCUCGGAUUUUUAAACGUAGCUUAUUUUGGUGCCAUCACCCAGGAAAUGACUUCCCAAAUGGAGAGAGAAUUUGAAACCGCUCAAAGAGACAACACAGCGCUGAGUGGCAAGACUAAAAAAUACUCCGUAAUGUCCCGAGCAACUGUAGCUGCGGCGUGCUAAAUCCAAGGCCUUUCUGAUGGACUCCUGUUACCAUUGUAAUUGCUUUUUUUUUUUGUCUUUUAUUUUACUAACACCCUCCCUUCUCCUCCCUGCCAGACAGAAAGCCCUGUUCCUGAGGCUAAGGCUUAAUAUGUUUGCAUUGGUGAUCAAACUAAGUCCUAAUCUCAAAUAGGACUUUUUAAAUACAGAAAUUAAGGCCUAAUGAAAAGAAUAUUCACGCAAUGUACAUUAUAUGCACUUAAUUCUUGGGAUGGGCGUCUUUGCUUCAGAUUCUGUUUGUGCGGUGUAUUAUGAAUAUAAUCUUCCUGUGGGUUUUCUGAAGUAUUGAGGAAGCCAAGGCUGCUUUAAAAGAGGCCUUCAGCAGGUCUGCAUUGCUGGCUCUGGUUUCUCUCAUCUUCCUUUUGACUCUUCUUCCCAGAUGUGGGCUUCAGGUCAGGCCACUCUAGUUCUAGGUUAUGGUGCCCGUGACUUUGUCUCUGGCUCAGAAGUUCAACACUUGUGCUACACCUUGUGAAUAUUUCUCUAAUGUUGCACAAUCCCCUCACUAUUGCGGAUUAUCCCUACUGAUUGUGCACCGUUUUUUUUUUUGUUUGUUUGUUUUGUUUUUUACCAGACUUUCUCCACUUUUUCUUCCACUCAACCUUCCAUUAAUACAAUUGAAUAUAGCUUCAUGUGAACAGCGAGCUUCUUUUGCAAUGACACCUUUAUGGCUUACCUUCCUUAUGGAGGUUGUCAGUGACUAGUGUCAAGUCAGCAGUCUUCCCUGUGACUGUGUGGACAAUAGCGUGACAGUUUUUAUGAAUGAGUUUUACUUCUUGAAUGUCUAAAAUAAAUAAACUUUUCAAUCAUACUCAAAAUUAUUGAAUUAACCUGUGACACAGAGGGAGUUGUCUGUGGUAAAGCCUUUUGGUGACGGGGUUUAUGCAUCGACAGAGAAGAGCAGAGACCCUUACGCACCAUGUCACUUCUGAUACUACGGAUCCCCUCACAUUCUCUUUGUUUGCAUCGUAUUGGCCUAUUUACAACUUGCUGAGAGUAAAGAUUCACAAUAAAUAACAACAACAAAAAAAAGUCUGUGAGCCAUUGUUUACUUUUUCAAAAGGGUACACAUGCCAAGCCUCCCUGCGGAACGGGAAGAGGAGUGCUUUUGCAUCUGCCAUUCUUCGAUAAACAUACCACCAGCCUCGCCACUUUUUCUUUUUUUUUUCCUCUCUCUCUCUCCCCCUUUCCCUCCUUACCUCUCUUCCCAUUUUCCCUCUCUGGUUUUUCCUUUCCCUCUCCUUAAACGUGAGAUGAGAGGAGGCAGCCAGGAUAAUUGGCCAUGCGUCAGUUGGGCUGUUUGAUCACGUAACGCGGCGGAGGCUACACACCUACGUGCCGUUCAACAAACCGUCAAAUGUAGCACCGGAGGCAGAACACGGCUCCAAAGGGAGCGAGGGACCCGUGCUGUGUAAUGAUGGUAAAAUGGAGCAGUUUUGCCUGUGCUGCUUUUACUUAUGUGUUUGU